GUAAGCCCCACGCCACUUGACAUGCCCUGAGUCUCCGUGUGCGUGCGUGCUUGGGUGCGCGCUUGCAUGCCCGCCUGCAGCUUUGCCCCGUUCCGGCUCCACUCAUGCUACUGGCGUUGCACACCAGCGUGUGUCUCUGUGUGUGUGUGUGUGCGUGCGUGCACAUGAGAAGAGAAGAGUGAGGGAAGGUGAGACGGUCGUAUUUAUAAGAAGUUCCAGAAGUCGUUGCGAAGUGUGAAAGCAAACUCUGCCAUCUCUUGGACUGCUGCAAGUGGACAGACCGCAUCACAUCAUGCCAUCUUUUGAUGAGGUUUUGAAGGAAGCCGGGGAAUUUGGAAGAUUUCAAAAGAGGGUCUUUUUCCUCCUUUGCCAGACAGGCAUAACUUUUUCUUUCCUGUUUGCCAGCGUGGUUUUCCUUGGGCAGGCACCAGACAACUACUGGUGCAGGAUCCCUGGGGCAGCUGAGUUAAGCGAACGAUGUGGCUGGACACUGGAAGAUGAACGAAACUUCACGAUACUGCCCCUGCUCUUGGGCAAUGGGUCCUCCAGCGGAAAGUGCGAGAGGCUGGAUGUCGUGUGGGACACCUCUGCCAGCUGCGCCAGCCCGCUUGCCCGCUAUGGCAAUCACAGCGCGGGCAACCUGCCGCUCACCGCAUGCCACGAUAACUGGGUGUACAAACAGCCCCACUCAUCCAUCGUCAGCGAGUAUAACCUUGUGUGCGGCAAUGUCUGGAUGCUGGAUCUCUCGCAGGCUAUCCUCAAUCUGGGGUUUCUGACCGGCGCGUUCACCCUGGGCUAUGCUGCAGACAGAUAUGGCAGAAUCCUCAUCUACCUGCUCUCCUGUCUCGGGGUUGGGAUAUGUGGUAUCAUAGUCGCAUUUGCACCAAACUUUACUCUAUUUGUGAUCUUCCGUUUUCUCCAAGGUGUGUUUGGCAAGGGAACCUGGAUGACAUGCUACGUGAUCGUGACAGAGAUUGUUGGUUCUGACCAGCGGAUCGUUGGGAUUGUGAUUCAGAUAUUCUUCACCCUGGGAAUUAUGAUUCUCCCUGGAAUUGCGUACUUGAUUCCCACCUGGCAGGGAAUCCAGCUGGCCAUUUCACUGCCCAACUUCCUUUUCCUGCUCUACUACUGGGUGGUUCCUGAAUCUCCACGUUGGCUCCUGACACGCAAAAAGGGAGAGAAGGCAUUAAAAAUCAUGCACAACAUUGCAAAACACAACGGGAAAUAUCUCUCACCACAUUACUCAGAGAUCACUAUUAGCAAUGAGGAGGUCAGCAACCCCUCCUUUCUUGACCUGGUGAGAACUCCCCGAAUGAGGAGGAACACGCUCAUCCUGAUGUAUGCCUGGUUCACAAGUGCCCUGAUCUACCAAGGACUUAUCAUGCGCAUAGGAAUUGUUGGAGGAAACCUCUUCCUAGAAUUCUUCAUCUCAGGAGCUGUGGAGCUGCCAGCCGCUCUCCUAAUUUUAGUGACAAUUGAUCGCUUUGGCCGGCGCCUUCCUUUUGCAAUAAGCAACAUCGUGGCAGGAAUUGCAUGCUUCAUUACUACCUUCUUGCCAGAAGAUAUCCCGUGGCUCAAAACGACAGUCGCCACGCUGGGAAGACUGGGCAUUACAAUGGCUUUUGAAAUCGUCUAUCUUGUGAACACUGAAUUGUACCCUACGACGCUGAGAAACUUUGGUGUUUCCCUGUGCUCGAGUUUGUGUGACCUAGGUGGGAUCAUAGCCCCAUUCCUGCUUUUCCGAUUAGCAGCCAUUUGGUUGGAGCUACCUCUAAUUAUUUUCAGUAUUCUUGCAGUUGUCUGCGGGCUUCUAGUAUUACUUUUACCAGAGACAAAGGGAAUCUCUUUACCAGAAACAGUAGAGGAUGUGGAGCAGCUUUCAAGUCAUUUUGGUAAAUGUGGCAAGAAACGGAAACACCAGGACACCAACUCUUAUAUUUGACCUUUGAAGGACAGCACUGAGCAAAGAACUGUGUUCCCAUACUGGGAAUUUGUUCUCCACCUGCCACCACUUCAAAAUUUGCUGCAGAGUAUGGAUUAAACUCCAUGUUCUUCUUCUAAGCAUAAGGACAUUUAAAAUAAGCAAUGUAUUUUUCUGUAAAUAUGGAAUAUUUUUUUUUCUUUUUUUUUCUGAGUAUGCUGUUUGCAGGAAGGGAGCACUCUGUGGUUCUUGGUAGAGAACAGAACAGCUUUAAAAAAAUGCACUAUCCAGCUCAGUGAGCUCUUAUUUAUUUCUUUAUAUAUUUGAGCCAUUUGUUUAUUUCUAUUGUUAGCAUAUAGCUUUGGGUGGGGAGGCUCUGAAACGGUACUGCUUGUUUAAGAUUUGGAUGCCUUUGAGGAGGAGAGGAUGAGUAUCUCAACCUGUUCUUUGCCCCUGGAGAAUCUGGACAAAUAGAAGAUCUGAUGGCUUAGGAAGGAGGGUGUUGAUCAGGGUGGCCCUUUCUCUGCUUGAGUGGGAUAGGAAUCAGAGGUGUGCAUCAGGAGACCCUUGCCCUGGUCUGAUCUUCUCCCCCGGCAAGCCUUUGCCACAAAACCCCCACUUCCCUCCCUGUUCAAGGGCUUUCUCAAAUGUGGCAGCAGUCUUCCUCCUCUCCUUCCCAGGGCUUUAUGUAGGGGUCACAUCCUACACAGGGCAUUAGCUCUGCAGGUCAGAUUGUCCUGCUGCCCAUCAGUGCUUCCCCCCCGAGAGCCAUCUGGGGUUCACGUGAUACCCCAUUGUCCUGUCCCCUGUCCCCUGGUCCCUCUGUAUCUCUGAGGGAAGGGCUUCUGCCUGCUGUCCUCUGUUGAUUCUUUUUCAACCCUCUCUUUCAAGAGCAUGCUGAUUUUUUCCCUUCUAAAACACACUCUUUGCCCAUUCCUACAAACCAAAUUCCCUUGCCCUGACCACUGCCAAGGUGAUCUGCAAUUUCUGUCUUCUGUCCAUUAUUAGUCAUCUUUCUGGCUUGGGGAUAAAAUGCUUGGGUUGUUGACAGGGCUGUCAAGCUGUCUUGGGAAGAUGAGCAGGGAUGAGACAAGAGCCUUCCCUUUUAGCUGUGUGACUUUCUUCAUCAGGCAUUGGAUCCUGGCCACUGACAAGCAAGCAAUACACUCCUUACAGUGAAGGACUUGAGAAGAUGUGGUGUUUGAAAAGUACCCUGUUACCAACAGAGAAUUAAACAAGAAAAAGAAA